GCGGCGGGAGGUGAAAUCCGGUUCUAACCGGUCCGGGGCUCCCAGCGCUAUAAAAACUUUAUAAACCCCCCGGAGCCCGAGCAGUGUGAAGAAGAGGCGAGGACGACCCCCGGACCGACCCAAGCCCGCGCGCCGCCGCGUCCCAGCGCCCACGUCCCGCCGCCGCCGCCGCCACCACCAUGCCCAAGAGAAAGGCCGAAGGGGAUGCUAAAGGAGAUAAGGCAAAGGUGAAGGACGAACCACAGAGAAGAUCGGCCAGGUUGUCUGCUAAACCAGCUCCUCCAAAGCCAGAACCCAAGCCUAAAAAGGCUCCUGCAAAAAAGGGAGAGAAGGUACCCAAAGGGAAAAAGGGAAAAGCCGAUGCUGGCAAGGACGGGAAUAACCCUGCAGAAAAUGGAGAUGCCAAAACAGACCAGGCACAGAAAACCGAAGGUGCUGGAGAUGCCAAGUGAAGUGUGUGCAUUUUUGAUAACUGUGUACUUCUGGUGACUGUACAGUUUGAAAUACUAUUUUUUAUCAAGUUUUAUAAAAAUGCAGAAUUUUGUUUUACUUUUUUUUUUUAAGCUAUGUUGUUAGCACACAGAACACUUCAUUGUUGUUUGGGGGGAAGGGGCAUAGGUCACUCAUGGAAGGUGCCCGAAGCUGGGUUGGUGUGGGGGGAAAACACCCUCCCCUUGUAGUUUGGAGCGGCUUCCUCCUGGCUUGCAGGAGGGGAUUCCCUGUCUUUGGCAUACAGCCACCAGGGCACACAACCUGUGGCAUGGAAAAUCUAAAUUGGGUUUUAUGUCUUCUUCCUCCUUCCUGUCUGCCUUCAGCAUAGACUUAACUCCCUUACACCCAGAGACCUGUUGGGACCUGACCCCAAAAAUUUGUUACCAGCAUGACAGGCAAUCUGGACUUGAAGGAGGCCCCACUGAGAUGGUGUCCCUCAAAAGCGCAACGGUUCCUUUUCUAGAUUGUGGAUCUUCUGAUUGAGCAUAAUGCCAUUUUCAUUUCCCGAAAGUCAGGGUCGGCUUGUGACAAGUUGUUAAACAACAUGCUAAAUGUGAAAUGUCAACCCUCACUCUAAACUUCCCCUUUUCAGAGCAUCAAAUGAAGACUUCAUUGGGUUUUAUAGUGGCUUUCUGAUUUUGGUAGUCCAUUGAGGAGGGAGUUGAAAGUGGUUGUAUACUGUUCACGACUGUCUGCCCGUGUCCUGCCUGAAAUACCAUGAUUGUUUAUGAAAAGAAUCUUUAAUAAAGCUGGAUACAGUUUGGCUUGGA